AUGCCAGGUGCGCGAGGAGGAAAAGGAGGAGGAAAGGGAGCGGAGGGGGGUGGAGGGUCGACCCACAUCCCCCUUCCUCUCACCCCCACGACGGAGGCGGAUCUCUUCCGGGAUUCAUCCAUAUACGAAGAACUGGAUGUGAUCGGCAAUGGUCCGUUCCUACUCCUUCUUUCGACCCUUCUUCCCUCCUUCCAGAUCUAUACGAACGGAUCGGUCCGUGUUUCAGGGGCGUACGGGACGGUGUACAAGGCCCGGGAUCGGACGAACCCGAGCCAGAUCGUGGCACUGAAGAAGGUUCGAGUCCCGUUGACGGAAGACGGGAUCCCCAUGUCCACGAUGAGGGAAAUCGCCCUUCUCAGGCAGCUCGAAGCCUUCGAGCAUCCCAACGUCGUCAGGUUGUUGGAUAUCUGUCACGGGAGGAGAUUGGAGCAGGAGAAGCAGCUGAUCUUGAUCCUCGUGUUCGAGCACGUAGAGCAGGAUCUCUUUCAGUACAUGGAAAGAUGCCCCCCUCCCGGGCUCGGACCCGAUCGCAUCAAGGACCUGAUGUGGCAGACGCUGUGCGGAGUGGAUUUCCUGCAUUCGAAUCGAAUCAUCCAUCGAGACCUGAAGCCGCAGAACCUUCUGGUCACGGAGACCGGCCAGUUGAAGCUCGCCGACUUCGGCCUGGCACGCGUCUACGACUUCCACAUGAUGCUCACGUCCGUCGUGGUGACGCUGUGGUACCGCGCCCCCGAGGUGCUCCUCAACUCGUCCUACGCCUCGCCCGUGGACAUGUGGUCGUGCGGCUGCAUCUUUGCCGAGCUCUUCCGUCGUAAACCUCUCUUCCCUGGCCAGUCUGAAGCCGACCAGCUCUCCAAGAUCUUCAGUGUGAUAGGGAAGCCUCGAGAGGAAGAUUGGCCGCGAGACGUAUCGUUGCCGUGGAGUUCUUUCCCCACUCCGGUCUCUCCGCCCACUCCGGUCUCGGAGCUCGUCCCCGAGAUCGACCCCCAGGGACUCACUCUCCUUCAGGGGAUGCUGAAGUUUGUACCUGAGCAGCGCGUGUCGGCUGCCGAGGCUCUAGUCCACCCGUACUUCAGGGACGACGGCUACGUCCCCCUCAAGAUCACGACCUCCGGUUCCGGUCAGCGAUCCUCCUCCUCCCCCACGCGGGAACGAGGACGGGGAGCGGCGGCCACGACCGUGGAAUCCGAAUCCACUUCCCGACGGUCGCAGCGGGAAGAACCGGAUGCUUGAUCGGACCGAGACCUGUGAUCCAGAGUUUCCUUCCUUCCCCCCUUUCCUUUCCACCCUUUCCCUUCCUCCCUUUCCCUCCUCCUUCACCCUUCCACCUCUUCCCCCUAAGAAAGGACAAAAGAGACAGAGGGUGGAAUCGUUGCAACGAGGAUUCUGCCUUAUUAUUUUAGAGAAAUUGUGAUAACUUCUCUUUUCACUCUCUCCUCUUAUUUAGAGAGAAUCUCUUGUCAUUCGCCU